UUUUCCCUAAUCUGAGAGAAGCGUUGAUUACUCUUGAUUAUGGAAUAUUUAUUUUCACCAGGGAUUUAUGAAUCAGUAUUUAGUUGGCAUAUGAAAUUAUCGUGAUGUAUCUAUGUCCAAAUGAUUCGUAGUGUAUCUUUGUUUUAAUGUGCUGUAACUGUUCCUCUGUCAACUAAAUAAUAAUAUCUCUCGACAAAACCGAAUAAGCCUAAUUUCUGUCAAGACUAAAACAGUUACCCCCCUUACCCGGAAGAAGAAAAUGCAGCUAUGGAUGCGGCCUUUACACGUUUAUGUAAAGAUGUUAAUUCCGUGUGUUAUGGACAACAGGGGAAGGAAUUUUGUAUAAAACAACCUCCAAUCAAUGCAACUAAGUUUGCUGUAAUUCUAGUGUUUAUAUAUUUAAUAUUUCAUUGCCUCCAUGGGUAUAUAGCAAUGCAGUUGGCUGUAAAUGUACUAACGAUGUCGGACAUCAUUACAAAGAUUUACUUUCCUGCUAUAGGUGUUUUUGUGGCUGCAGCCAUAACUACUAUUCUCUUUGGAAUUCAGAUUCAAUCAGAGUCCCUGGUCUUUGUAUCAUCCAUUGGUGUGAAUGUGAAAAUGAAGAAUUGGUUUGGACAAGUUACAGCUGAUUUUUUUGAGAUCAGCGAAAUCAAAGACAUAGUCAUACUUGAAGCUAUCACCAUGCAAAGGGUGGUAUGUUACCUGGCUGUUGUUCUUAAAGGAAGCGAUAAUAGAGAAGAACAGCUGUACCCACUGUUUAUGAAGUCGAGUCCUGACCUUGAAACACUGAAGGUUAUAUACAGGGAUGUUCAUCAACUAUUGCAGGACAGCAGAGGCUGCUGAUACCACACAGAUAUUGCACAUCAUCAACGAAGACAUACAUGAAGCGACAGUUUGAAAGCUACAUUUAGAUUACCAUUAAUUGAAAUUUGUUACCAGGAAAGAAUUACUUUAGAUAAGUCACUGAUGUUUAUGUAUACAAAGUACAUACCACAGUUAUUGGCAAAUAAGCCUCUACCUACAAAUAAGUCUCCGUCCACAAAUAAGCCCCUGUCCACAAAUAAGCCCCUGUCCACAAAUAAACCUCUACACAGAAAUAAGUCUGUCCACAAAUAAGUAAAUGCCUACAAAUAAGCCCCUGUCCACAGAUAAGCCCCCCUUUUUUGCAUGAUUGUCCAUUGCUUAUUUGAGGAUAAAUACAGUAAACUUUUAUGCAAGGGAAGAGGGCUUAUUUUAGGAUAAAUAUGGUUAACUUUUACACGAGGGAAGGAGGUUCAUUUUAGGAUAAAUAUGGUUAACUUUUACACUAGGGAAGGGGGGGGGGG